CUCCGAAGCCACUUCCUGCAUCAUCCACUCCAAUAUAUAAACCCCGCGAAGACGGACCUCUCCCGAAAGCAACUCGCGAAAGUUUGCAAAGCGCAAAACUCCCUCUCUCCCUCGCAGCCCUCCCCUCUCUCUCUCUCCGACCCAUUACUGAGGCUUUAGAGGUGAUACAAGCCUUUGGCAGCGCAGCGCAGGAGAAGAUCUUCAGUUUCCACCAAUCCCCCCCUCCCCUCCUCAAACCAAGCAUGAAACCUCAGCUGUUCGCCGUAGACUUAAUGCUUCUGUGCAUGUCGUGCGGAGCAAGUGCACUGGCAACGAGCGUCGCCGCCGUGUCCACCUCCAAUUUCACCCAUGUCGGCGAAGCGCACGGCCGCGGCUCGGACGCCGCGACGUCCUCCAAGAUCAGGAGGAAGCGUUACAUCAGUCAGAACGACAUGCUGGCUAUUCUUGAUUACCACAACAAAGUGAGAGGGAAGGUGUUCCCCCCAGCGUCCAAUAUGGAAUACAUGGUGUGGGACGACACUCUGGCCAAGACAGCCGAGGACUGGGCUCAUGCCUGCCUGUGGGAGCACGGGCCACCUAACCUCCUCAGGUUCCUGGGUCAGAACCUCUCCGUCAGGACAGGACGCUAUCGCUCCAUCCUUCAGCUGGUGAAGCCAUGGUACGAUGAGGUCAAAGAUUACUCUUUUCCAUACCCCCGCGACUGCAACCCCCGGUGCCCUCUCAGAUGCUAUGGUCCCAUGUGUACCCACUAUACACAGAUGGUGUGGGCAACAUCUAACAAAGUAGGCUGUGCCAUUCACACGUGCCAUAAUAUGAACGUAUGGGGCUCAGUGUGGAAGCGGGCGACGUAUCUAGUUUGCAACUACUCACCUAAGGGUAAUUGGAUCGGAGAGGCUCCCUACAAAGUAGGCGUCCCCUGCUCCGCCUGCCCUCCCAGCUACGGGGGCUCCUGCAGCAACAACAUGUGCUUCCCCGCUCUCAAGACGAACUACCUGCACUGGUUCAAAUAAACACAGGUUUCCUCUCAACAUAAGCUGACAACCUACAGUACCACAGAGACAUUACUUUAAUACGGAUUUGCACAACAGUCGUGGACCACACUAUUUUGUAUAUAUGGGCUUAUUUAAAGAUUCAAACAUACAUUUGAAGGCAGCAGACAAUUUAGUGUUGAUGACUUGUACAUAAACUGUAAAUUUAAUUUGUAUUGCAUUCGCUGUUACUAUUAUAAUUUAUGUGUAGACUGGGUCCUUAAACAAGAGUACAUACACACAUGGUGCUGCAUACACUUUCACUAUAUUUUCAUUUACCAUUGACGGUGUGGUAAUUAAGGACAUAACAAGAUCAUAGCUGCUCAUCCAUGCUCACUCUGGUGCUACGGGUAUCACACCUUCAUGUUGUGUGCUCUGCCUUCACAGGAAUGUCGUGAUAUAAAGAUCAAAGCUUUUGACCUCAGAGGGUAAAAACCUACAGCGGCGGUGUCGGCUUUGUAGCUGCCGAAAGGUGCGGCAAACUUCAUGCUAGAGUUUGUUAUGAUUUUUCAUUUCUGUCCUGCAACAAAUUGGCAAUAAUUUGUUGAAAGAAGUGCACUUACUGUAAACUUAAAAUGCACGAAAAAAAGAACUAUACAUUGGCCAGAUUGGGAGGUCUUUACAUGAUGUCUGCAUAGAUGAUACCUCUGUUGUCAAAAGCCCUGUUUGUUUUAAAGAAGACAUGUUAUGCUCAUUUUCAGGUUCAUCAUUUAUUGGGGGGGUCAACAGAAAAGUUUUACAUGCAUUAAUGCUCAAAUACUGUCCAGUGCCGGUCUCUUUAAAGCCCUCCUCCCGAAUACACAGUCUCCUCUGAUUAGUCAGUUCUCACACGCCUGAGCCAGCACCGCUAACAAAAGAGCAGCUGUGCUAAGUCAGUUCUCACGUGCCAAGCUAGUUGCUAGGCAUAAAUUAUGCAAAUAUGUGACAUGGUGAUGUAGCGUGAUUUCAAAAAGUCACGGCAUUCAAGGCAGGGCUAAUGAUGAGGCGUUUCAGGAGCAGAGAUUCAUGUGGGGGAGAGGAGCUUCUCUGGGUCGACUUUGGCCUUUUUAACUUUCAAGACUUUUAAUAGCACAAAACAUAAUAAAAUGCUGACAGAAAGGACUAAAACUCAAAAGCACAAUAGGUCUCCUUUAACAUUUUCUACAGCACAUUUGCAGUGUUUAGGUUGUGUUUCAGUUCAUGUUUCAUACCUCGAGGCAUUUCACAGGUUGGUUUCAAUUAUAUUUCAUGUGGUAUUUAUGCUAAAGAGAGCACAUACAAUAAAUCUGACCCACAUAUCUGUUUUAUAAUCAUAUCGGUACACAUAUUGGUAUGUUAUGCCAAUAUAUUGCUACAUUGGACAAAUCCGUUGUUUGUAUUUUGUUAUGAUCACUAAUGUAGUUUGGUUUCUCGAAUUUAGGCACUCAAGUGCACCUUAAUUGUUUGUAAAUGUCCAAAAAACACCAAGAAAUUAUUAUAAUUAUUAUUUUUUUGUACAUGUGGAUAAUCAUCAUACCUUGACUAUCUUUAAACAAGUAUACUGUAAGUUAUUCAUUUUUAUAUGGGAAGAAAUAUUUAAUUGAUAGUCAUUUUUUUUUAUUGUUUUGUAAAAGGAUUGUAAUUAUACCUGAAUGAUUAACUAAAUAUGGUUCAUUUGCAUGUCAACUUGAUGUUGAAGGGGAUUUACUAUAAUGUUAAUUAACUUUUCCAUGAACAAAGCACUAGCAUAAUAUUAAAAUGCCUCAACAUUUUUAACUUGGCAAAUGUAUCAGAAUGUCUUUUCAAAAUCGAGACAGUUGUCUCAGCAGAAGGAGAAGGAUGAAUCAUCAGCAUACGCUAACUGAGACAUUUACAAAUCGCCAAAAAGUCAACACACUUUAGUAGGAAAUCAUGCAUUACAGGAGGAAAACAUUUUCCGCACUGACUGUAUUUAAAUCAACAUUAACAACAAGCUAUUUAUGCAAUGAACUUCGCUUUUUCCUGUUGUCUUUUGUAUUUGUAAUAAAAUGUUCUAUUUUGA